AGCGAGCGAGCGACCCACCCAGCGGCGGCGGACAGCAGUAGUACGCUGCGCUCUCGGUGGUAUCGCGACACGGGUGUAUCGCGCCGCGCCGCAGAUCUCGGGACCGCGCAUAUAUAAGUAUCAUAUAUACGGACGAGUAAACGACGAGUCGAUUGCCGUACCGUGCCGUUUCGCUCGUCGGCACACGACGAAAGUUGCGUGCUACGCACGUCGGCGCUCAUCGCGUCCGCGGGCAGAGAGGCGGAAGGGAGUUCGGGGCGAAGGAGAGAGAGAGAAGGAUCCUACCGCGAGAGAAUUCGCCAGGUACCUUCGGAGCGGACACACUCGAACGUGAAUCGUGGGAUCGUAAGUGGGCCGGGAAGAGGAAGAAGAGGAUGAAGGGGAUGCUGGCGCUGGCCGCGCUACUCGGCGUCCUGUCGGUCUGCCGGGUACAGGCGGUGUCGGAGAGGCUCGAAUUGGCACCAGCUGGCGGAAGAUCAGAGCCUCAGGUCGCUACCUUGUGCGAACCUGGCGAGGUAUACCUUGCUCAGCACAUGGGAGAGCAGGGUCGAUGGGUAUCCUCGACCGACAAGAAGAGCUGCAUGACGGACAAGCUGGAGAUUCUGGAGUAUUGUAAGAAGGCUUACCCGAAGAGAGACAUCACCAACAUCGUCGAGUCGUCGCACUACGUCAGGGUGAGCGGAUGGUGCAAGCCCGGAAGAACCAAGUGCAAGCUCUCCCGAUGGGUCAAACCUUACAGAUGUUUGGAGGGACCCUUCCAGAGCGACGCACUUCUCGUGCCGGAGGGCUGUCUCUUUGAUCAUCUUCAUAAUCAAACAAAAUGCUGGGAGUCUCACAGAUGGAAUGCCACGGCGGCGGAGACCUGCCGGGAGCGAAACAUGAAUCUGCGUAGCUUCGCGAUGUUGCUGCCGUGCGGCAUAUCUCUGUUCUCCGGCGUCGAGUUUGUAUGCUGCCCGAAACACCUGAAAGAGAACGUGAAGGUGAAGAAGCCGAUCGAUCUGCCCAUACCGAAGAGCAUGGACGACGAUCUCGAUGAGGACGAGGAUGAUAUCGAUGACGAGGAUGACCUGGACGGCGACGCUGAGGAAGAAGACAACUCUGACGGAGAUCUCGAAGACGUGCUUAGCAAUCAACCCGACGAGGACGAGAGCGAGGAGGAGUAUGACGACCUCGAUGAUUACGACACAACUACCAGUCGACCGUCGACGACCGUUUCCACGACGGAGAAAACCAAACAGGAUGCGACGGCGAUGCCGCUGCCGGUUAGCACGAGUACGCAGCAGUCCUCCCAACCGCAGGGCACUCCCGAUCCUUAUCUGACGCACUUCGAUCCGCGGUCCGAGCACCAGAGUUACAAGCAGGCUCAAAUGCGACUUGAGGAAGUGCACAAGGAGAAAGUUACGAAAGUGAUGAAGGAUUGGAGUGAUCUCGAGGAGAGAUACCAGGACAUCAGAGCCCACGAUCCCGUCGCCGCGGACGCUUUCAAACGCUGGAUGACGGCGCGAUUCCAGGAGACGGUCGCCGCGCUCGAGGAGAGCGGCGCUGCGGAGAAGCAUCAGUUAAGCGCGAUGCACCAGCAAAGAGUGCAGGAGGCGGUUAAGCAGAGGAACGAGGAAGCCAUGUCGUGCUACACCGCGGCCCUUAACGAGACGCCGCCAAAUAUGCACCGUAUUCAAAAAUGUCUACAAAAGCUGCUCAGAGCUCUUCACAAAGACAGGCACCACACAAUAGCCCAUUACAAGCAUCUCCUCGACAGCAGCUUGGAGCAGGCGCAGCGAGAGAAGCCGGCCACUCUGGAGCAUCUGGCGGAAAUUGAUAGGAUUACCAAUCAGAGCCUCUUGAUGUUGGAACGAUAUCCAGACCUAAGCGCGAAGAUCGGCCGUCUCAUGGACGAUUACGUUUUGGCCCUCAGGAGUAAAGAUGAAACUCCGGGAUUGCUGUUGGCGAUGACGCGCGAAGCGGAGGCAGCUAUUCUAGACAAGUAUCAGGCCGAUGUCGCUAGCAAACAGCAAGAAAAGGAGCAUCAGAAGCAGCUCGAGCGAGCGCGCAAGGAGCAGCGUAAGGCGGAGCGCGGCGAGCUACGCACAGAGCAAGAGCAACACGAGGAGAACGACUCGGGACCAUCGAUCGAUACCAAGGAUAUCCCUCAACAAUCGGAGCAACCCGCCGCGGUCGCCGCCAUGCAUAAUGAGGGAGUAGUUAGAGCAGCCCACAGCAUGACUCACGAUGUUUCUCACUCCGAGCCAGGUUAUUCCGUAAGGCGAGAGGUGUAUCACAGAGAAAGUCGAUCCGUUUAUUUCACACUCGCGUUCGCUGGCAUAGCACUCAUGGCGGCUGCGGUUGUUGGCGUCGCCGUAUUCAAGAGGCGCAGCGCGAGAAGCCCUCACAGCCAGGGCUUCAUCGAGGUCGAUCAAGCGGCCACGCCCGAGGAACGACACGUCGCGAAUAUGCAGAUCAACGGUUACGAGAAUCCUACAUACAAAUACUUUGAGGUGAAGGAAUAAUUCGGCCGCCGCCUCGAGAGGUUUAUCACAGAUAUUUUGAUUUCUGAAGCUGGUCGCAACCGCGUAUUCGUUCUCGCGUCUUUUCUUCAAGAAUCUCAUAGUAUUUUGUUAGAGUAAGAUAUAUAUAUAAAUAGUAUGUAUAUCUCUAACCCCCGAGAUUCUUCCGAAGAUCCGGAACCAUGCACAUCCCGGAAAUGCGCAAAUUCCGAUAGACGCGUUUCCUAAUCGGCAAGAUCGCAACUUGCGACGAGAGACUACCGCCGUUACGCGUCGCGUCCGCUUGUCGGGCGCACCACGGCCACGUGUCGCGGUGUGUAAAUCGAUUUCGCGAAGAAUUGACAAUAUAUAUGUAAAAUACAGUUUGUAGCUGGGACACGCUGGAUGGGAAACGAAACGGAUUCUACGGGAGACAAGAUGACGUAGAAUUUUCAGCAUAUAUUACCUAUGUGCCAUACGAACACGAGUAUUACACGCUAUCUUCGGAAGUAUCUCAUACACACGUCGUUUUUAUUACGUUUGUCAUACAUAUGUCGAUAAUAAAAACGCAGGAAGGAGCGCUCGUGUUGUAAAAGUAGAAAACGCCGUUUUUAGACGUACCUCGAUGUUCCUCCGCCUCUACACGUUAUGCACUCGAACCGGAAGCUCCGCGGAACGAUGAUUGGCGACCGAUCGGCGUUCGGUGGCCGGUCGCGCUCGCUCCUCGGGGACGAAACGUUCGGACGAUGCUAGAACGCAUUUACACGGACGACGUAAGCGUUCAGUGAAUGCGUUAUCGUUGCGCUCUUUGCUGUAUUUUUAGGUUCUGAUAUUUUCGGAGAUAAUCAAUGGCAAUAAGACAUAAUGCAGCUUAAGUACUAAACACGAAGAAAAAAAAAAUACGAUAGCGGUCGUAGUAGCUUGUCACUGGGGGAGGGAGGGGAGGGGGGGGGGCAGCAUAUAGAAGUAAAUACUCCGAUUAAUGGCGUAAAUCGUUAACGUUAUGCUAAAAUAACCGAGCGCGCGAACGAGCUAUGCGGCACUCUUAAAAUAUCAGAACACACAUACAUACACACACGUACACGCGCCAUCUCAUCGUUGCACGUUUUCACUCCUCCUAUAUCUUCGUGAUGCAGCUGUUUUAUUCCCUCCGUCUCCGUUCGAUUCCCACUGCCUGGUUUCUCUCGGUGACCUUUUUCAGUACUUAACGUCUAACUCUUAGAUGAUAAAGAAACCUUAAGACGUAAGAAAAAAAAAAAACUUAAGAAUCAUUGACGUAUCUCGAGUUAACGGCGAUGACGAGGAAGUGAGAUGCUCUAUCAUUCCACGCGAAAGUCCUUUUUUUUUUGUCGAGGUGCUGAGAACGCUAGCAUGGAAAAUGUUCGGCAGCUUCGUACGAUCUCGCCGAGAAACGACGUCCGCGACGUGUCGAACAGGUCAGGUCGACGCUGUCGAGCAAGAGGAACAGUUCAACCGGAGAUAAUUUUCGAGUGGCAUUAGUACCUUCGACUGUUAUGUCGAGAAAGAAGGAAAAAGAAAGAAGAAGCAGCGACUGUUGAGAUAAGCGUUUUGUUUUCGUUUCCGCGUUUUGCGUUCUCGGGGGAAAAAAAAGGGGGAAAAAGAUCGUUCAUACAAUAACUAUCUUAGGAUAUUACUAAUUAUAUACGACGACGAUGAUGAUAUAAUAUAUUACACGUUUAAUGCUUAUAUAUUUGUAUAUGGUCAAACGAUAAAAAAAAAAAGGUAGUAGCCAGCACUUUAGCGCCAGGGUCGCGUGGGGAAGCACAGUUCUCUUCUCAUUUAUCUUGGAAUACACGUUAUGCGCUUUCGUGAGACUUAUUUGUAUGAGAAAAAAAGCCUCGGUGACGCUCGCGAUGCGAUGCGGCGCAUGUCGCCGGCUGCGAGAAAUACGCUGCCGCGGUCCAUAGAACCAUUUACCGUCCCUACGGCCAUCGGUGGUCGAUGGUAGCAUUCACAAGCACCACAAAGACCCUAAAGAUACCCCCUCUCUCUCUCUAUAAGAAAAAAAAACACGUUAAAAAGCGCGCGACGUUUUUACGUCUGGAAGAUUAGGAUAUCUUUCGCCGGCGUCUUUGCUGGAAAAACCUGUUUUUCAGGUGUCUAAGAGAUUAGAACGUUUUUUUAGGGUCGUCUUUACGACAUCUAUCUAUGGCGGCGGCGUGUGAUAAGAGCACAAUCAUCGCUAUCGUUGGUGCACCGUUAAUGCGCCGUUAAUACACGCUCAGGUCGGUCGAUCACCGACGCGCGUAUCAGUACAGCCGGUAUAAUAUAAUGUGUUUGAAAGAGACGGGAUUUUUUUAGGCUCUCGGCGGCGCGCGAUGGUUACUAUUAUUAACGGUACGGAUUUACAAUUUAAACGCUAAGGAGUCGCUGUUCUGUCUCUUGUGUGAAAUAAUAACGCUCCACACGGUCCAUGCAUGAGUACAUACAUUCCCAGUUACGUGCUAAGGUGGUUCCCUUCGAUUGCGCUCACUUUGCUAGGAUCGUAUAUCGCGCGACACGAUAUAAUCGCCCAGCGAAGAGCGAUUGAAAUAAAGAAAAAGAAAAAAAGAAAGAGAAGAUCCUUUUUAGAUAUUGUAUUCCUAAGCGCACGUGAAGCAGCUGCCUUUCCUAUCUAUCUAGCGCGAAUCUUUCUCUCUCACACACACAAACCGAUCGUUUGUCUUCACGCAACUCCGGUGGAAAAGGGUGUCUAAUAACUGGCGACAACAGGCAAAACAAACUGGACGCAAGACACAGACACACACAUGAAACAACACAUCGCUGAAUGUUAAAAAUAUUAUUUUAGAUAUAUUGUAAGACGAUAGUAAUUAUACCAGUAAAUGUACUAUGAUUAUAUGAAUAACAGCAAAUAGCAUCAAUGCGUUAA